AUGCGGCCCUACAGCCCCUCCUUGGUACCUCCUUUUUCCGUAGUUCAUUCAUUUUCCCACAUGGCGUCUCUUGAGGACAUUGCUGACAAUCUACACAGUACUGAAGAGAAACUAGGCAUUGUUUCGUCCAACCUUCGCUUGGUUAAUGUGGAUCAACAGCCAGAAACCACAUCUGGAGCCUUUGGUGAAGAAUUGUCUCAGCUCGAGGUGGCUAACAAUAAAUUGAAGUAUAGGAUAUCUCACCUUAAAAAAAGUAUAGCAGACGAAAAUACUAAAAGAGCCCUGCACAUGACUAAUGUUAGAAGUGUGAUAACUGCUAUUUUCCGGACUGCAUUAUGUAAAUGCUAUCCUUCAUUUAAUACUACCAGAGCUAUUAUACAGGCGUCUGGAGCUGAAAGAUUUGGAGAUUAUAAGUGUGUGGCUGCAAUGCCACUUGCUAAUACUUUGAAGCAAUCAGGUGAAGUUCUUUCUCCUCGUGAUGUUGCACAGAAAAUUCUUAAUAAUCUUCCUUCAACUCCAUUUGUUAUUGAAAAGUGUGAAGUGGCUGGUCCUGGCUUUAUUAAUGUUUAUGUUAAAAGAUCUUACAUUUCGGAGCUAGUGUCAGACAUUCUUGUAAAAGGUGUUCGCCCUCCACCUGUUGAAAGAAAAUUGAGAGUAAUUGUUGAUUUUUCAUCUCCAAAUGUUGCUAAAGAAAUGCACGUUGGUCAUCUCAGAUCAACAAUUAUUGGAGAGACAAUAUGUCGCUUAUUGGAAUUCUUUGGCCAUGAUGUGUUAAGACUGAAUCAUGUUGGUGAUUGGGGUACUCAGUUUGGCAUGCUCAUUGCCCACUUGCAAGAUCAGUUUCCAGACUACUCUACAGUGUCUCCUCCUAUUGGAGACCUGCAGAAAUUUUAUCGCGAGUCAAAGAAAAGAUUUGAUAAUGAUGAAAAUUUUAAAAAAAGGGCAUAUAACUGUGUAGUGAAACUUCAAGGAAAUGAUCCAGAAGUACAUCAAGCUUGGAAGCUUAUUUGUGAUGUGUCACGUAAAGAAUUCUUAUUGAUAUAUGAUCGUCUUGGUGUGAAAAAUCAGGAGAGGGGUGAAUCCUUUUAUGAGCCAAUGAUGCCUGGAAUAGUUAAAGAUCUUAGAGGCAAAGGACUGGCUGUAAUUGAAGAUGGAGCUACAGUGAUGCAUAUUCCUGGUAAAUUAGUUCCACUGAUGCUUGCUAAAUCAGAUGGUGCACAUACUUAUGAUACAAGUGAUAUGGCCGCUCUAAGACAUCGUAUUGAAGAAGAAAAGGGAGAUUGGUUAAUAUAUGUUGUAGAUGCUGGACAGGGUCUUCAUUUUGAGACUGUAUUUGAAGGAGGUUGUAUGGCAGGCUAUGUUGCUGAUGGUGUUCGCAUUGACCAUGUCGGUUUUGGUGUUGUCCUUGGAGAAGACAAAGAAAAAAAUUAAAAACACGAUCUGGAGAUACUGUUAGAUUGAAGGAUUUACUAGAUGAAGGAUUAGAGAGGUCUUUAGAACGAUUGAAA